CAAAGGGACAGAUGGCGUAAGCGAGAGACGAGGUGGCUGUGGGAAGCUUUCUUCCAAACAGAGAACCAACAGCAUCAGGACGAACGAAAUCGAAACAUUUUCAAUCAAUCAAUUUGGAUUCUCCAGUUUUGUAGAUUCAGACGUCAUUCACUUCUUCUCCCAAAUCUCUUCCUCCCAACUGCGGAUUCCGAUUUCAAUUUCUGCAUCUCAUUCAAUUCCCAGUUUCUCUUUCAAUUUCCUCGUCUCUUCCCACUUUACUCUCUCCUCUGCUUGAUUCCGUUUCUCAGUUCUUAUUUUCUUCAAUUUCUGUUUGAAAUUCAUCUCCGUUUGUUCCUAAUCCUUGACAUUUAGGGUUUUGCCGGCUUCUUCGUUCAGCGCAAAAACCCUAGUUUUUGUUCUUCCGAAUUCUAUUGAUGUUUUUUUCUGCCUGAAAUGGUUUUCGGUAGAUGUGAUGCGAUCUCGUAGGCGUUUCGUUUCAAUCUCCGUGUCUACUAAUGGGCGCCCGAACCAACAACCGUAAGCGCGACGACGAGUGUUUGAGCCUUAAUCGUUCGUAUUCAUCUUUGAAAUCACCGGAUUUUCACGUCUCCAAGAAACCUAAAGUGUCUGCUUUGUCUUUGGAUCGGCCAGUUUCCUCAUCGAACUAUACGGUGGCUAGGCUUUCCCGGUACCCUGAAGAAACUCCGCAAUUGCGCCGAGAAGUACACGGCCCUUGCAGAAUUCGCAAAUUCGGGCUUUCGAAGAGCUUCUAUAGGCAUUGGGAGUCAAAAAAUAAUAGCGAGUCGUCGGAACAGUACGCGGCGGGAAAUAUGUUGUCGUACAACUACCAGAUUGCGAAGAAUCGUGCAAUUGGUGCAUUGCGGUCCUUCCCGAAGGAUUUCAUUGACUUGGAUUCAGACUCCGAAACUGAAAGAGGCGCUUCUGGAGAUUCGAAGAACGAAGACGGCAUCGAGGCAAUUAAAGAUGAUAAACCGGACCAGAGGACUCGUGAGGUUAAUACAGUGCAGGAAUUGGAUGCGAAGAUGAAGAAUGUUCAUCAGCCGUCGACGUCGGUAGUUGUAGAUUUGACAAAUGCUGAUUCGAAGGUUGAAAACGCUGAGGCGAUGCUUGGUGCUUUGUCACUGGAUCGAGACUUGUCCAGUGUUUCUGCUUACAAGAAGUUGCUUCAGACUGUGGAAAGGCGGACAUCGAGAUUGAAAAGCUUGGAUUUCGAAAUCGAGUUGAACGAGAAGCGCCGAUCGAUUCUUCAAUCCCGAACACCAAAGAAGAAGCCUCUUGAUGAGAUUCCACAGGAACUUUUUACUCCUCUUACAAAGGAAGAGGAGGCGCAGGUUGAACGUGCGCUCUCUACGAACCGGAGGAGAGUUUUGGUUACUCAUGAGAAUUCGAAUAUUGAGAUUACUGGGGAAACUUUGCAGUGUCUGAGACCAGCUGCCUGGUUAAACGACGAGGUGAUUAAUUUGUAUCUUGAGUUGCUGAAAGAAAGGGAAAGAAGGGAGCCAGAGAAGUAUUUGAAAUGCCAUUUCUUUAGUACCUUCUUCUAUAAAAAGUUAAAUGGAAGGAAUGGCUAUGAUUACGGAUCGGUUAGAAAAUGGACCAACCCAAAGAAGUUGAAGUAUGAACUCAUUGAUUGUGAUAAAAUAUUUGUCCCCAUCCAUAGAGAAAUACACUGGUGCCUAGCAGUAAUCAACAAGAAAGAGAAGAAAUUUCAGUAUCUCGAUUCUCUGAAGGGAAUGGAUUCUCGUGUUUUAAAGACAUUGGCGAGAUAUUUUGUAGACGAGGUGAAGAACAAGAGUGGAAAAGAUAUUGAUGUAAGUUCUUGGGCACAAGAAUUUGUCGAAGACCUUCCCGAGCAAGAAAAUGGGUUUGAUUGUGGCAUGUUUAUGAUCAAGUAUGCUGAUUUUUAUAGCAGAGGCUUGAAUCUCUGUUUCAAGCAGGAACACAUGCCUUAUUUCCGACGUAGAACAGCCAAGGAAAUUUUGAAAUUGAGAGCUAACUGAUUGAGAUCACAUUGUAAUGUCUCGAAAUUUUCUUCGUGUUAGCAGCGAGCGUAUAGAUCCCGAGAUUCUCUUGCACGUUUGAGUGGCAGCAGCUCUAAAUUGUAUGUUUUGGAUUGGAUUGGAUUGGUUUCGAGUAGAGAAUAGAUGAUGAGUACAAACAAAUUUAUACGGGA